UUGUGUGUGUGUGUGUGUGUGUGUGUAACAGACAGCACUUCUGUCAGGCUACUGUGUGCAUAUGAACAUGUAUAUUUUUUUUAAAUAAAAUCAUGAAAUGAAACUACAUUAAGUGUUUAAAAUGUGCUUUGUGUGUGUGUGUGUGUGUGUGUGUGUGUGUGUGUGUGAGAGAGAGAGAGAGAGAGAUUGAUACAUUGCACUGUAGUACAGAGGGCAUUGAGAUUAGUGUGAUGAUUAGUGUCGUCAAACAUGGGAGUGUGUAAAGGGGGAGAAACACACACACACACACACACACACGGGCGCAGUGAGAGAGAGCAGUACAGUGGAAAGUGUUUGUGUGUGAGCUGUAUGUGUGUGUGUGUGUGAGUGAGCUGUAUAUGUGUGUGUGUGUGUGUGUGAGUGUGUGUGUGUGUGUAUGCAUGUGUAUGAUGAUGGUGAGAUCACUGUUGCAUCAGUACUUCCUGGUGGCGACCGUAUUGUCUCUGCUCCUCUUCCUCACUUCACUGUGGCUACCUCAAGGUACAGUACAGGACUGUGAAUCCUCAUGGCUCCCGUGUCUUAGUGAUCCAAACAGUAAGGAACCUGUAGUAGUCCCUGCAGGGGGCGAUGUUGGGUCCCACUCUAAGAGAGUCAUCAUUAGGAGUGACGUCAUCGUACCUGACUGUCCUGGACAGCACUUCCAGGUGUCCCGCCUCCUGCUGUAUUUAGACUCCGCCCUCAGCCCUGCCUCUGAUGUGCUGCUGGAACCCUACCUACUCUGCUGGGAAGAGCUAAUUAAGUUCAUGGAGGCUCUUGGUCCUCUUGUUGGUUUUUUUACCUACAAAGUUCAGGAGAAGAUCGAUGUAAUUCGCCGGCUGGCCGAGGAAGACAGGCUACUGACACCGCCCCUCACAGACUCGCCACUUCUACCCCACGGCCCCUACAGCCACACCUACCACUCGGUGCGCUCCAUGCUGGAAACGGAGCUCCAGUUGGGUGUGGUCAGCUUCGUCGGACAGACGCCUUCAGGCAGUCGGAAUUUGCUCCGCCUUCACCGCUCGUUGCUGUGGCUGCAGCUGCUGCUGAGGAAGCUCUGGCUGGAGCCCGGGCCAGCGAGAAGCCUGGGUGAGGUGUGUGAUGAAGCAUACAGCGAGGCGUUGGCGCCGCAUCACCCGUGGCUGCUACAGAGGGUAGCGCGGCUCGCCUUUAAGGCCAUGCCUGAACUCACUGUACUGCUCGGCCUGGUGUGUGUGGGUGAGCAUGAGGAGGCGGAACCAAUCAUUCGCAACAUUGUCACAUUGAUUGGUGAGGUGCGACGAAGAACCCACCAUGAACUGGAGAAAAGAAACAUGCUAGACUUACCUUAAAGGAACUCAGCGGUGUGAAACGUGAACAAUGCUAAACUGAUUACUUUCUGAGUGAGUGUUUAAGACGAAGACGUGGAGAGCAGGAUUACGACUCCUAGUGUACACACGAGCUGCCGCAAAACAGACGCCAUAAACACGAUAUGUGAAGUAGCAGAUUAAUCCCAGUGAUGGUUUUAAUGUUAGGAUUGUUACGUAUCCACAAUCUCUUUAAAAUAUCUAAGCUUUCGUGCUGCCACUUCCUGUUUCCCAAGUUCCAAAUUCAUCUCAGGCUUAUUCUGUGAACCCUGGAGCCUAAGACCUCAGAUUAGCCUAAGACCUCAGAUUUGGAGCGUGACAGUAAUAUGAAUAUGAAGAGUGAGCAGUGGGUAGUGCUGUGAACUAACUAAAGAACUUAACAUUUUUUUGCUAAUGUUGCUAAACUUUCACAGUAACAAGUUAAAACAGACAUGCAAAUUUCAUAACUUUCUUUCAUCCACUAUCAUUUUUUUCUUAUUUACUUCUUCUUUUUGCAAUGAAACUUAUAGAACAUAUUAUUUAAUAUCCAGCCCAGCAAUAAAAUUUUUUUUUAUUUAAUACUGACUCAGGAAUCUGCAAUUUAAAGAAACAGGUGAAAUUUCCAUCAAAGGGAAAGGAAGGGGGAAUGAGCAGGGAGGAGCACGGAUCCAGAUAGAUCUGCACUGGUGAGUAUUACUGCAAAUUAGGGAAAAAAAUAUCAUCAGACUGGACGACUUUAUUCAAGGUGUUUAUCUCUGCUUUACCAUAAAUAGAAUAACCGUAUGCAAGUAUGCUGCAUAACACACCACAAUGAUGUCUCAAGUUUAGAAUCUGAUGCUCAUGUAGACCACA